CAGGGUGAAGAGCCACAGCCAGGGAAACAGUAGGACAAAGAGGCAGUUUAGCCCAUAGAAGGAAUUUGGGAAUGUUAAGUAUCUCAGAAGAGAACCGCCCCAGUUUCUUGAGCUAUAAAGGCAACAGGAGAGAAAUAUACUUUCAGACUCACAAAAUUCUGUUAAUGUAACCUUAUAAUAAAGAGUUCUGUUGUGUUGAUCCUAUACAGCCAUCCAAAGAUUUCUGGAGAGAUGCACUUAAUCUCUCCAGCUAUCAAUUCACCAGCUAUCUUUCCAGCUAUCAAUUCGCAGAACCCCAAAAAAUUGUGACUAUAUUAUUCAACCAAAGCUCAAGUCUAUUUGCUAUUCUUCUACUAUUCAUCUAACUAGUCUAAAACCCAGUCAUGUCACAUCCACAAUACCUUCCUCCCUUGAGACGCAUAGCAAUAUGCGGGGGCACUCAUGGGAAUGAAAUGUCAGGUGUUUACCUAGUCAAGCACUGGCUACAGGAUCCAUUUGAGUUGCAACGCAGCACCUUUCAGGUCACACCUUUUGUGGGCAACCCCCGUGCAGUCGAGCAGUGUGUGCGCUACAUUGGGAGGGAUCUUAAUUGUACGUUUGCUGCAGCUUUUCUAAAUACCAAGGCUUCAGAUUCAGACCUUCAUGAGAUUCAACGUGCUCAGGAGAUCAACCAGAUCUUUGGACCCAAAGGUUCAUCUCAAGCCUAUGAUUUUAUGUUAGAUCUACACAACACCACAGCCAACAUGGGUUCCUGCCUCUUACUGAAGUCUGAAUUUAGCCUGUUGUCCAUACACGUGUGUAACUACAUCCAGAAACACUGUACAGUGAGACACUGUCCCAUCUUACUCUGUCAACAAUCUGGAGAGGAGACUACUUUCAUGAUGUCAGUGGCUAAACACGGGCUAGCAUUAGAGUUGGGCCCACAACCCCAGGGAGUGGCACGAGCUGACCAGCUUGCUAAGAUGAGAACGAUUGUGGCCUGUGUUUUGGACUUCAUUGAGCUUUUUAACAAAGGCACCUUGUUCCCAGCCUUUGAAAUUGAGGCAUACAUACCAGUUGAACAGAAGGACUUCCCCCGUUAUCCCAAUGGGGAGAUUUCUGCUGUAAUACAUCCAAAUCUGCAGGAUAAAGAUUUCCAGCCCCUGAAACCUGGGGACCCAGUUUUCCAGACUUUCGAUGGAGAGGAUAUUCUACAUGAUGGUGACGAUACCUUCUUCCCAGUCUUCAUCAAUGAAGCAGCCUACUAUGAGAAGAAAACAGCCUUUUGGAAGACAAAAAAGGAAACAUUCACCAAACCGGCACUGCAGAAGGCAUUUUAAGUAUGAUGAGUUGGUUAAUAAUCAAAGGCAAUUGAAGUUUCUGUGUUGUACACGUUCUAAGAAUCAGUGAUACUGGAGAAAAUUUAUGUGGUCACUAAGAAUCAGCACCAAACUGAUGACAAAUAAUGAAAGAAGUUAUGCAUGGCUUAGUCCAUGUAACAAACAAUUACUUGUUAGUAAUUGAUGAUAAUUAUUUGUUAGUUUAUUGCCUCAUGCAAUUAUCUCCCAUGCUGGGGCAAUAUAGUGUGCAUUUCUCCAAAACAAAGAUGUGCCCUUGUGAUGGAAUGUAGUGAGGAUUCCCAAGAGGGAGGAAUGCAGUUUGGAGGAAUAAGAGACAACUCAGUCUGGAUAUUUUGUGUGAGAGAAAGAGGGCAAAGACAGCCCCUCCCUAAUAGUUCUCAGAAUAUAUGGCAGAUGCAAAUAGUAGCAUGCUUAGUCUGGCAAUAUUCUGUCUAUAGGUGUGGAACCAAUAAAGAACUAAGCUUGAAAGAAUCACUAGUUUCAUUCUCGGUUUUGGGGCCUGACAGUCCUCGAGGUUUUAUUUGAGUAUUUUGUGCAAGAUUGGUGCUUAAUAUUCCACCUCAUUUCUAGGAUAAUCUUUUGAUGUAUGUGCAGCAAACUUGAUAUAUUGGAUGAGCCAGGAAAAAAUAUUGUCUCUCAGAUUUAAAUCAUCUAGGCCGAGGGGAUCCCAAACUCUUCAGAUGCUUAACCUCUCCAUGACAUUUCAGUUUGUUCAUUGACCUCCCCACUUGAAUAGUUAUUAUAUGAAAUUCAUUUAAUAAAUAUUUUAUAAUAGUACUAUGAAAAAUAACAAUAACAAAUGAUAGAUAAGUGACACCAGUAACAACACACAGCUGAUAGAGACAAUUCCAGGACAUUCUUGUAGGUGACUGAUGAUUGAACUUUGCAUAACACUUUCUUGCCACUAGCCACCUCACUUUCAGGAUUAGGGACUGGGGUGGAAACCCCCAAAGAAUAAUCAACUUUCUAUCAUUCACUAUUGUAAUGUCCCUCCCUCUCAUAAUGUUGUGGGGAGGUUGAGCAAGCAUAGGAGAUUGCUUUGAAUAACAGGUUUGGCUGUCUCUCAGUGUUCCAACUAACAUCUCCCAAACAUAGAGAUGCUAGACCUACUAGCUGAACCUUUUUCUGAACAUGGGUCUAAGGACUUUUUUCAGAAAAAAUGCUAAACUCAUAUUUUAAAAAAUGCUGAGAAGUAACAGGCAAAGAGGAGACAUGCGAGGUGAAAUGGGAAGUAACUGUGGAAGCUCUGUCUUUCUGGAGUUGUAUUUGAUGUUUUUAUCUGUUCCUGUCUGCUGCGUGACAGGGAGAACAGACACAGAAACAGGACUUUCUUCCUGCGUGAAACAAUGUUUGUGGUUAGUCUUAACCCCACAGCCAAGCUACACAUUCCUUUUGUUUCUGCCCAGUUUUCUUUCACAGGUAGACUGAUUAGAUGAUAAGGGAUGCUACUUCUUUUGGGGAAAUUGUUUCUUGAGGUAAAGAAGCAAAGAAACUGUGGUCUGGAGUGUUGUGCCCAUUCCUGAGGAAAACUGACUCAAUGUUCCAGUGAUACCUCAAUGAGGUAUCACUGGAAGGGUUUUCAGAAGCUUCAACUGGUGCAAAGGAGUUAUGGGUGUUUACCUGUGGGAUCAUAUUAUUUCUAUCCUGCCAUACAUCUUUUAGUUGCUAAAUAUUUAUGAGUAUAAUUACACUUGUUGAUAGUUACCUAUAAUGUCCUAGCUAAAUCAAGGAUCCCAAGUAGAAGCUCAUGUCACACCAGUCUGCCUACCCAUUAAGACCAAGCUGAGGAGGCUUUCUAUGUUUCUAUCCAUGGUGGAGGAUCAAUUGAUUGGACAAAGAACAUUGUCUAUAGACACACCACUGUUUUGGAAAAUGAAAUUCUGAAGACCUCAUUCUCAAUUUUAAAGUAAGAAGCAAGCUUUUAAUUUGUCAGGCUGAAGUGAUUUUAACUAAGACUUUGUUCUGUCUGCCAGAUGUGUCAUACUAUUACAUUUUUAUUUCAUCUGUGGUCUAAUAUUGUGAAUUUUAAUUAUCACCAGUUAGACUUAACACACGACCUUGAGAAAAACAAAAUACAAAUAUUUCAAUUAUGCUUCAUACAAUUUCAAUAUGUAACAUUGCAGUUGUUCAGUAACACAGCCAGACUCUGACUCUGUUUUUGCAUAUGCAAAAACAUACAUAUAACUAAUAUGUAUGCAACUGUCAAAAGAAAAAUAAAUAUAUUUAUGGUUGCA